UUUAAAGUGGAUGGUGAUUGGCCAGUUCCCGUACACUGAACAGACAUGGCAGCGGCGGCUAGGUUGUGGAUGACUUCUCGGUGCCUUUUGGCCGGUUCCCGGGCCUGGCUGUCCGGUGUACAGCGGACAAGGAGCUGGCUGCAGCCCGCGGCGGCUCGCCCCUACAGCUCAGAUGGAACGGUGACAGUGAAGUUUAUAAAUCGGGAUGGUUGCACACUUGUAACAGAGGGGAAAGUAGGAGAGUCCCUCCUGGAUCUUGUUGUGGAGAAGAACUUGGACAUUGAUGGUUUUGGUGCAUGCGAGGGGACGCUGGCCUGCUCUACCUGUCACCUCCUCUUUGAAGAUCACAUAUUCCAGAAGCUGGAAUCGGUCACCGAUGAGGAAAUGGACAUGCUGGAUCUUGCCUAUGGACUCACUGAAACAUCACGAUUGGGUUGCCAAAUUCUACUCCAACCAUUCAUGAAUGGAAUGACCGUAAGGGUCCCGGAAUCUGUAGCAGAUGUCCGGCAAGCAAUGGAUAUGGGCAAGAACUCUUGAAAUAC